UAGUUAAUGGCUGAAUCGUCGUCGGAGAUAACAACCUAGGGUUAGGACAGUCGUUGAGCUACCUCCCACGUGUCUAAUGGUCGUUGGCUCAUUCAUUGUUAUGUAAUAAAUCAUUUGAAGGUCUUAAAGAAAAAACACUCUUUCGGUUCAGUAUAUUCGCCGCAGCCUCCCUCCCUCCGGUUAAGAUUCAGAUAUGGCCACCGUCACAACCAAUGCGCCACCUAAAUCCUUCUCCUUCUCUGUAUCCACUCCUCUGAAACACCUAAUCACCAAAUCUCCAUCUCUCUGCUUCCCUCCUCGCAAGAAUCACCAGCGCCUAGGUCUAUCCAUAAACGCCGUCGUAUCUCCACCUCCUUCACCGGAUUACAGAGUCGAGAUCCUCUCCGAAUCGCUACCCUUCAUCCAGAAAUUCCGAGGGAAGACCAUAGUCGUCAAAUACGGCGGCGCAGCCAUGACGUCUCCGGAGCUCAAAGCCUCCGUCGUCAGCGAUCUCGUCCUCCUCGCGUGCGUCGGUCUCCGCCCCAUCCUCGUCCACGGCGGAGGUCCCGACAUCAACCGUUACCUGAAACAGCUCAACAUCCCGGCCGAGUUCCGCGACGGGCUCCGCGUCACCGACGCCACGACGAUGGAGAUCGUCUCCAUGGUACUCGUCGGAAAAGUCAACAAGAACCUCGUGUCGCUGAUCAACGCGGCGGGGGCCACCGCCGUGGGGCUGUCGGGACACGACGGUCGGCUCCUCACCGCGCGGCCGGUUCCCAACUCGGCUCAGUUAGGUUUCGUCGGAGAAGUCGCGAGGGUUGAUCCGGACGUGCUGCGUCCGCUCGUUGAUUGCGGUUACAUUCCGGUGAUCGCCUCCGUUGCGGCGGAUGAAGCUGGUCAGGCUUACAACAUCAAUGCGGAUACGGUGGCGGGGGAGCUCGCGGCGGCGCUGGGAGCUGAGAAGCUGAUUCUGCUGACUGACGUGGCGGGGAUCUUGGAGGAUAAGGAUGAUCCGGGUAGCUUGGUGAAGGAGAUUGAUAUAAAGGGAGUGAAGGAGAUGAUUGAAGAUGGGAAAGUAGCUGGUGGGAUGAUACCGAAGGUGAAGUGUUGCAUAAGGUCUCUUGCUCAAGGAGUGAAGACGGCGAGUAUUAUUGAUGGAAGGAGACAGCAUUCUCUGCUUCAUGAGAUUAUGUCUGAUGAAGGAGCUGGGACUAUGAUUACUGGAUGAAGUUUUGAUGUAAUAGAUGAUCUCCAUCAUCAUAUUCAAAUUCAAGUUCACGUUUUUUUGUAUUUCGGAAUGCCAAUGCUUCUCUCUUUGGAGACAAUAAGGAUAGUUGAGUUAAUCUUAUUCUCUCUUUUGCUUGGCUUUGUUACUGUUUCUACAUUUUGUCAAACUAUCUGAUUCAGUCGAAAGAGUGUUAGCA